AUGAAGCCUAAGCUAGAAGAUAAUAUUGGCCAUCUGAACGACAGAUUGGGUAACAAGAAAUCAGGAGCUAGUUUAAUGGACAGAAUUAACAAAGUUUAUGAUAACCAUUAUAGUCCAAGAAUUCAUCAAUUUCAAAAUAAAUCUUCAAAUUCAAAGAGCCAUAUGCUCCUUGGAGAGUCUUCCAUAAGGAAUGAGUCUAUUUUAUUGAAAAAGGGUAUAGAAAAACCAUCGGCUACAAUUCCUUCAAAGUACCAAAGGAUCAUUACAGAAGCUGCUUAUCAAGAAAGAUCUCCUAUAAAGCUAAAUAAGGCAUUUAUGAACAAUGCCUCUUUUAUAAAGUCAAGGAAGAGAAGUGCAACUGUUGUAAGGAACGAAGACCAUUCUACUUCUUCUAUGCACUCCUUUAACAGACAAACGUCCAUAAAUGACCAGACUUCUACCACCAGGUUCUCUCAUAGAGCCCAGUCUGAGAUGAAUUACAAGAAUUCUCCUGGAAAUUCCUCACUUUAUGAAAAGUAUAACAAAAAGAUUAAGAAAAAGCACCCCUUUGGAUCGGCAAUGCAAAGGUUUGACUCAAAGCAUGACAUAAAGCAGACAUAUAACAUUGAUCCUGGACCUGGGUCUUACCUACAGACUGAUGAUGCAGUUAAGCAAAAACUUAAAUAACGAUAUGACUCUCAACUCAAGAAAUUAUAACAUAAAUUCCUCAAAUAGUUACAACUAUGAUUCUAUCACACAAGAGCCUUCCCAGGCUUCGCCUGGAUUCGGAGUUAAGGAAAAGAGAUUCACACAAAAAUAUUUUGAGAAAGAAUCUGAGAAUAAGCCUGGACCUGGGGCAUACUACCCCAAGCUGAAGAAAAGUCAAAAGGGAGGUUUGAUCAACCCAAAACCACAAGUAUCUCUUAAUUUCAAUGAGAAUAAUCCUCUGAAUUAUGUAAGGCCGAUCACUGUCAACUUGUACUUUAAGCAGGACACUCCUGGUGUUGGCAUGUAUCAGCCAAAGCAGAAGUUUGGAGAUAUCAAAAGUAAUAUCUGCAAAUCAUCAUUCAUAUCAAAAGAUGUCAGGUGGAAACCAAAAGCAGCAGUUGACGGACCUGCUCCGACUGAUUACAAUCUCGUUAGAGGAUUCGAUGAUGUUGAUAAAAUCAAAUAACAAUUCAACCUCCAACUUCAAGCAGCCAGUACAGAGGAAGAUAUACCCUGUGAACUUAUAUGAUCCUCAUAGACCAGUUUCUCCGAAGGAGAAACUCCCUGGCCCUGGGCAUUACAACACAGAGCAGAAAGAUAGUAUUCAACAAAGAACGGCUGUUGAUUCAAAAUACUUGAAUUCAGUUAAACUCUCUUCAGCUUUUAUGCAAGAAAAUACAGAUCGUUUUGGAAAGCAGAUAUAUCCUACAACUGAAAUGUUCCAAACGCCUGGUCCUGAUCAUUAUAAUUCUGCGAAACCUCCUCAAAAGAACCCAUCCGGGUACUCAAUUCCUCUUGGAGAAAGGGAAAGGCACACAGAGAAGGUUCAGAAGGAGGCUCAGAAUAUUGGUCCAGGGGCAUAUAACAGCAAUGUUGAGCCCAAGAAAAUCUCCUUUUUCCUCAAUCAGGGAAAUAAAUGGGUCUCUUAGCCCUUGCCUCAAAUUAAAAUUUCA